AGGGGAGAGCUCCUAGCUGCACCAGACACAUCGAGACCACUCCAGGAAGGCCCGAGCCAGACUGCCCGAGAUGAAGUUCAUCGCUGUGGCCCUGGUGUGCCUGCUGCUGGCUGGGGUGUGGCUGCAGGAUGCGGACAGCAAAAGCAUGCACGUGUCGUCCUCCAAUUGCUGCUUUACAUUUAUGAAGAAAAAGAUUUCCCAGGAGAAAAUACGGUGUUACAGAAACACCAGCUCCACCUGCCCCUACGGUGAUCGUCUCAUACUCCAGCUGAGGGGAGGCAGACAGAGCUGUGCCUUGAAGACAGCCCGAUGGGUUCAGGAGUAUUUAAAAAGCAUGAAAACCUGCCUGCUAUAGGAAGUAUGAGCGGCCUCCUUUCCAUCCUGGACUCAGAGACCACGUGGCUUCCCCUGUCCUCCCAUCCCCAGCCCUACACGGGUCCCUCUGCCCCACCUUUGUCAGGUCAUGGAGAGUCUGCUGGGUCCUGAUAAGCUAUGUUGUUGCACUUUACAUAUUUAAAUUCUAGAAUCUUCAACUCCUGCCCCUUGGUGCCUCUUGGACCCCACAGGGAUGGCAGGGCACAAAUUUGAUUAGAUUGAGGGGCUGGGGGCUGGAGCCAGGGGGUUGAAAGGUGGGGGAGGGGAGAAGACCCGUUGGAUCUGGUGCUGGGGAGCUGACUGCUUGUCAAUAGGAGCCAAUAAAUGACUCAUGCCUCUCUGCUUUGUCUUUGUCCUGGGGGUCAGCGUUGACUUGGGGUUGUGGUGUAAAUGCUCUGCUUCCGGUUUCGGCAGUGGGACAAGGCUGGGACCCAGGGAUGGGUCCACGUUUGGGUGCAGGAUGUUCUCCCUCCCUGCCCAGCCCA